CGCCGGCGCCCCCGAAUGAGCGGAAUGAGCGCCGGCGAGGCGAAGGAGUAUCUGGCCCGCAGGGAGAUCCCGCAGCUUUUCGAGAGUCUGUUGAAUGGAUUAAUGUGUUACAAACCUGAUGACCCAAUUGAAUAUUUGGAAAGCUGUUUGCAGAAAGUAAAAGAGCUUGGAGGGCCAGAAAAAGUGAAAUGGGACACUUUUGUCAGCCCAGAAAAGAAGACCCUGCCUCCACUCAAUGGAGGACAAUCCCGGAGGUCUUUUUUCAGGAAUGUGAUGCCUGAUAACUCUAACUUCCCAUACCGCCGCUAUGACAGACUGCCUCCGAUCCAACAGUUUUCCAUAGAAAGUGACACCGACCUCUCUGAGACUGCUGAGCUGAUUGAGGAGUACGAUGUGUUUGAUCCUGCAAGACCUCGACCAAAAAUUAUCCUUGUCAUAGGUGGCCCAGGAAGUGGUAAAGGAACACAGAGUUUGAAAAUAGCAGAACGUUAUGGAUUCAAAUACAUAUCAGUUGGUGAAUUGUUAAGGAAGAAGAUCCACAGCACAAGCAGCAAUAGAAAAUGGAGCCUCAUUGCCAAAAUAAUUACUACUGGAGAACUGGCCCCUCAGGAAACAACCAUAACUGAGAUAAAGCAGAAAUUAAUGCAGAUCCCUGAUGAAGAGGGGAUAGUGAUUGAUGGAUUUCCCAGAGAUGUUGCCCAGGCAAUCUCCUUUGAGGACCAAAUCUGUACCCCAGAUUUGGUGGUGUUUCUGGCAUGUUCCAGUCAAAGGCUGAAAGAGAGGUUACUGAAGCGUGCAGAACAGCAAGGGAGACCUGAUGAUAACCUGAAAGCCACUCAGAGRAGACUAAUGAAUUUCAAACAGAAUGCAGUCCCACUGGUCAAAUAUUUCCAGGAAAAAGGGCUGAUCAUCACAUUUGAUGCAGACAGAGAUGAAGAAGAAGUGUUCUCUGACAUAAGUUCAGCAGUUGACAAUAAACUAUUUGCAAACAAAGAGACUGCGGCAGGGUCAAAUGAACUUGACUGCAGUCUGAUUAUGGAUUCUGGAGAUACUGUUUAUACAGAAUUUGACUUUGAAGACCAGGAGGAGGAUCAGUCAAGUUUUUCUGGUUAUGAGAGCACAGGAGACUUUUCAGAAGAUCUGAGGAAAUCAAACAUCAUUUUUGUUGUUGGUGGGCCUGGCUCUGGUAAAGGUAGCCAAUGUGAACAGUUAGCCAAGAAAUAUGGAUWUACUCACCUGUCCACUAGUGAUCUGCUCCAAAACGAGUUAUCAUCAUUAUCAGAGAGAAGUAAAUUUAUCAAAGACAUCGUGGAAUGUGGUGAACCAGUGCCUGGCGGUAUUGUUCUAGAGCUACUGAAGGAAGCCAUGGUGUCCAAGCUAGGAGACACAAAAGGAUUCCUGAUCGAUGGGUACCCCCAAGAGCUGAAAGACGCWGAAGAGUUUGAGAGCAAGAUUGGGGAACCAAAGCUCGUGCUCUGCCUGGACUGCUCUGCAGAAACCAUGAGCAGUYGCCUUCUGAUGAGGAAUCAGAGCAGUGAGAACUCUGAUAACCCUGAAACCAUCGAGGAAAGAAUUGAAAGCUACUACCAAGCAUCAAACCCUCUGAUUGCAUACUAUGAAAGCAAGACACAGUUAUGCAAGGUUGAUGCAGAAGGAACACAAGAGGAUGUUUUUCUGGAAAUCUGCAAGACAAUUGACUCUUUUCUGAAAAAGGAAGAGGCAGCAUUUUCUUUUUCACCAGAAAUGCAGUAAUGGUGUGUCAUGGUUUCUACACAGCCUCGCCCACGUGCACCCCACAGCCAUGAUUUGCUGGUCAAAGCAGUGCUGCUUUCUUGAGAGGUAUCUGGAAUUUGUGCAUGUGGUGUCACUCUAGAUGCAAUCUUUGUUCUGACAGUACACUCAACAGAAAGUGGUCUGUUUGCUAAGCCCACUCUAAGAACUCUAUUUUGUUUUCUUGGGUGUUUGCUCUUCACGGGUUAAAAGCAGCGAGGCGAGCAGCAGCUCUGGUUUGUAUUUCAUGGUCACACACGUUCCAUGGGAAAUGAGACAGUGCCUGGCCAGCAGGGAGCUCUCCACCCACCUCAGUCACUGUCCAGCACACCCACAUUAGGGUUACUAAUUACUAUUACAAGUUUCCCAUUGGUUGUUAYUUUCUUUCAAUUAACAGUAUUAAUUUUUGUGAUGUCACUUAGCUUGUUCCUGGGCUUUAGUGAYUAAAACCUGUUGUCUGUAACACGCAGCUCUAAGAGAGCUGGAAUUAGUCAGACUAAAAGUUAAAAUAAACUUUUCACACCUCCCCAGAACACUAUUGCAAGGAGAAAAAUUAAUUGAAAAUACAGUUGAAUGUUGUGGAAGUCUGUCAAUCCAUUAYUGGGGAGCAGACACCAUUUUUGAGACAGUCUUGUCUUCUGCUGGGAAUGGUUUUAUAACUGRCUUCCCAGUUUUGUGAGCUGAGAAUGAUGAUUGUAUUGUGUUGUUAAAUGUGCAAUCCAGUAAUGAUCCAUAUUAACAGCAGUUGUACUAUAGCUAUUAAAGUCUGUAUGUAAAGUUGAUUAUGAGCCAGAACAUCUCAUGUCAUCUUUAAAUUACACUUCAAGAGUAUUUCAAAUGCAAAAUUCAGAUCAUCAUCUUGUCUUGUACUGGCAUUGCCAAAC